AUGCGUAUCUGUGCCCUCUGCUGCGCUGUAGCAGCGCUGGUUUGUAUAGCCAACACUCUGUCUGCUUCUCCUGGCCCUAACGUCGCAAAUUCGCAGGACGAUGCCACAGGCCCAAUCAUGAGCGAAGCCCAGCUCUUCAACUGGCUCGCAACAACCAACGCCACUAUCACCUACGUCGGCCCCCCUCCGACCCUCAACCCGUUCGCGCGACUUUCUGCGCAAAGCACGAUGGUCGUCUACUGUAGCACGCGCCUCGGGCCCCUCUGCCUCGGCGAGUGCACGGUAUACAACGGCGGCGCGGAGUGCGUCGACACCCCACACACCGAAUGCAUGGCCGCGACGAAGAACGUCGGGUACUGUGACAAGAAGGGGUGCAACGGGAACUGCAACGAGCUCGCGGCGUGCGGGACGGAGUUGAUUGGUGGUUUCUGCUAUACAUAUGGCACGAAGUCGAUCGUCAUCUCGACUCUGUAA